GCUGAACCUGAAGCUGAAGACGGAGACCUGGGGACCCUGGCGUGCGGGCGGCUCCCGCCAGGUGUGUUUUGUCCUGGGUCACGGUGAGCAGGUCGUGCUGCAGGCCUCCGGCAAGAGACUGCAGGUCAGCAUCGGGCCCGGCCUGCCUAACACCUCACGGCCGACCAGGAAGAACAGCCUAACACACCAAAGCAGCUUGCCAAGGGUCCCCCAGAACUACCCCACUCGGCCGGCGCCCCCACCCCCAGUGUCCCAACAAAAUGGAAGACCGAACGCCACCAGACAGCCAACCAAUCAGAAUUACAGCUUCCCGCACCAGUCACCCAAUCAGGGGCUAAUGUCAAGCAACAUGACCCUCCCCUUUCUGCCUCCGACCUUUAAUAUUAUGCAGCUGGAGGACAGAGGAAACGAAGUACAGCUCAAUUUAGAGUGUCUGAGGGUGCCUGAGCAGGGAGCCGCAGGGUGAGCAUCAGGGCACAGUAACACGUCUCUCUCUCUCUCUCUCUCUCUCUAAACAUAACUCCUCCAUGGGCUUGAUAUGAUCAAGAAUCCUCCCAUAACUGUACUUGCUAUUUAUACUAAAACUGUCAUAAAUAGCCUGAAAUAAGCAGUUGGAUGAUGUAUGAAUGGAUGUCACGUUUAUGUGGGAUUUUAGAUAUUAAUUAAAACUCGAAACAUACAUCCAUCAGUCUUUCAACUACUUCUUCAGUUCAGGGUCCCUGCAGGCUGUGGGGCUUCCCAGGCAGUGAGAAACGCGCAGGGCAGGCUUACACCCCGCGUGGGAUGCCAGUGAGAAACGCGCAGGGCAGGCGUACACCCCGCGUGGGAUUCCAGU